AUCAGUAAAAAAACCCACAAUUUCAGUCAAUACGUAUGGUGUAUAACAGACUUGUACACAAGUCACAAUAUCUAUCUGUCAUUAAAAACCAUUAAAUAAGAGAGCUAUGCAUAUCAUUUAUAAUUUUUAAUCUGCGUAUGUUAAUUAAUAAAAAAAAAAGCGCACACCUUUACAAAAUGGCUAAUGGAAUAUCAGACCUUGUGUAUUUUAAUCUGACUAAAGUAUCAUAUGCAUAUCUUUUUACAAAAAUUUUAUUGUUGUAGUUGAACCAGUGAAACUGGCUGCUCUUUUGUUUUUUUUUUAACAAAUUUUUAUCUCAACACGAAAAAAGAACAAGUUUUAAUUUUAAAAUAAUAAAACCUUUGUAUUAAUUAACGUAUAGACAGAGUGAAUCAUGAGCUUGCAUUGGUGUAGAUUAUUUUUUACUUGAUAGAAAAAUAAUAAUAAUAAUAAUACAAAAUUGCAAAUCGAAAAUAAAAAAAUAUAUGCAAUUUCUAUAUGCAAGAAAAUAAACAUGGAAACCCGUGGCCGUAGCAACCGGUUACGCGGUGUUAUUGGAAUUUGUGUUGCACUUGCACUAGCUGGAAUAAUAUAUCUUGGUUAUUUUUGUCCAGAUCAUGUGUGUGCAUUAACAAAUCGUGAUAUUAAAGAUGGAUCAAGACUAUUUGAUGAUAUAAAACCUAGUUUAAGUCCUGAAACAACAUUUGUUUCUAAUGGUUUGAGUAAAAUGAAAUUACUCAGAACAAAUCCAUCUUCAAAUUCACCAAGUAUACGAGAUCAUUAUGAUGAUGUAUUAAAUGAUACAUUUUUAUUUGACAUUAAUGGUAAUGAUGUAAUGGUAUUUCUACAUAUUCAAAAAACAGGAGGAACACUAUUUGGUAAACAUCUAGUUCGUGAUCUGGUAUUACAACGUCCUUGUUCAUGUCAAAGACGAAAAAAACGUUGUUAUUGUUAUCGUCCAAAUCGUGAUGAAAAUUGGUUAUUUUCACGUUAUUCAACUGGCUGGAAGUGUGGGCUACAUGCUGAUUGGACAGAGUUAACAAGUUGUGUUGAUAAUGAAUUAAAUAAAAUUGAAAGAACGAUUAAAAGAAAAUAUUUUUACAUAACAAUAAUACGUGAUCCAGUUGCUCGUUAUUUAUCAGAAUUUCGUCAUGUACAACGUGGUGCUACUUGGCGAAGUUCUAGACAUUGGUGUGGUGGAUCAUUAGCAAAUAUACCACAAUGCUACAAUGGUCCAAAUUGGCAUGGUGUAACACUGGAACAGUUUCUGGAAUGUCCUACAAAUUUGGCAAGUAAUAGACAAACAAGAAUGCUUGCUGAUUUAUCACUCAUUGGAUGUUACAAUUCUACAUUAACAAAGACUGAAAAAGAUAGCUUAAUGCUUCAAAGUGCUAAAAAAAAUUUACAAGCUAUGCCAUUUUUUAUGCUUACUGAGCAUCAAAAAGUUGGUCAAUAUUCAUUUGAAGAAACAUUUGGAAUGAGAUUUGCUAUUGCAUUUGGACAACAUAAUGCAACAUUAAGUGCAAUAACAAUGUCAACAUUGACUGAAAAACAAUUAAAUGAAGUUAAAAAAUUAAAUAAUCUUGACUUAAAAUUAUAUGAAUUUGCCAAGGAACUUGCUAUGCAAAGAUUUCGUCGUCUUCGUGAUCGUGAUCCAUAUUUUAUUCAACGUUUUCAGCAUCUUGGUGAAUUACUUACAUCACGUAGUGCAACUGAAUUUAAUUGGGAUUCAGCUAUUGAAGAUACAACUGAUAAUGAAUAGAUCUAAAAAUCAAUAAUAUAAUCAAUAUUCAUUUUUUUUUUUUUAAACAUACAUAUUACAAGAAACCAUCACAAUGAAUGAUUGACUUGACAAAUAAUUAUAUUAUUUGUAUUUUAGUUAUUUUUACAAUACCAAAGACAAUUUUAA